AUGAAAUGGUUAGGAAGAAAGAAAUCCAGCACAGGAGGGCUGCAGCACGACUUGGAACACAGGGACAGGGUAAUAACUAGCGCGUUUGCAUUUGGCCCCGAAGAUGUCAUCAGGAAGAAGUUUGCUCAAGAUUUUCACCAUACUAUUACUAAUGAAUGUAUCAGCGGCAAUCUCUCCGUUUUGGACUGGCCAAUUUUAUACGCUCUGAUGCUCAUAGUGAUUCCGUUCAUUCCUGUUUACGCAACUAUUCUGCUACUCAGGAAAAUGAUCAAAGCAAUAACAUAUCAAGCUAUGCUGCCGGGUGUCUUUGGAUUCUGCUUUCUUGCCAAUGCAUCGGAGGCAUCCGGGCUCUUAUCUCCAUCUCUAAUUGGUUACGCAGGACCCAUCAUUGUUGGUCUUGUUCCUAUAAUAAGCCCGAUGUUAUCUCUUUAUUACAUUAAACCAUAUCGUGAUUGGAUAAAUGACACUUUCGCGGAGUCAUUGGACUCUCCCCGGAAUUUUCUAAGCAAGUCUCAUCCUUUCACCCGUACCUCAUCUGAUCUUCAAUCAGACGAUCCUGCACAAAAGUUCUUCAAGUUCACCAUAGUAACAAAAAGAGGCGCUAAGAAUGGAUUCUGUGGUGAUAAGCACUCUGCAUAUGUAAUUGAAAGAACUCCUAAACAACUCAAAAUAUAUUCCGCUAUCGUCGGCAAUUUAGCGGUGUGUGACCUUAUUGCCUGCGUUGCGUCACUUCUCAUCGUGCAUCAAAGAGUAAUCCCAAUCAGAAUGUCAUUAUUCUACAUUUCAUAUGGACCUUGCUGCCAACUUGGAACAGCAGUGUGCAAUGCUGCAUACAACAUCUGGCUGCACUGUUUUCCGCACAGUUUAUAUAUUCUGCUAGUGUUAUUCUCUUACCGCUACUACGUACUUUUGAAGCCAUUACCAAAACUGCAUACCAUGAUCAACAUUACAGCACUUGUCUAUAUACCGUCUGGCAUACAGCUUGUAAUGACAUUUCUCGCGCUUGACAUGGGAGACGAUGCUAAAAAGCAAAUGAGUCAAGCAGUCAAUUUUGACAUAAGCAGUGACUGUGUCAGCGCUUAUUUGAAUAUACUCGAAUGGAAAACUUUAUAUAUUCUGUCACAUAUGUGUGCUCCAGUAUUUCCCGUCUAUAUAGCUAUCUUAAUACUGAGAAGAAAGAUUUUGAGGCAGCUGAAGAGUGAAGGAACAAUGUCGGAGAAAACCAUUCGGAUGCAUUCCGAGCUUCUCAAGGCUAUCACUUAUCAAUCGUGUUUGCCGCUCUUCCUGGGUGUUGGAGUUGUUGCCCUCUCUUUGGGAAAUCUCAUAAGUCCAAAUCAUCCUCUGCUCCAGUACUUGUACAAAAUUGUAGGUCUUGCUCCUAUUUUAAGUCCGCUACUAUCUCUCUAUUAUAUCCAACCAUAUCGGGGGUGGCUGCGGCAGAAAGCACCACGUUGGAACGCUUUGGUAUCCACACCGCGACUUUCUACUAUAGUUACCAGUAAUGCGAAUUUUACUGCUAGUGCUGUGCCAUGA